AUGUUGUCAAAUACAAUAAUCAUACUUCUCUUAUUCUAUGUUUGGAUUCUAUUUUCUAUGGUUAAUCCAUUUACAACAAGUUCUUUUAAUGGGAAACUAUGGCGUAAUGAUGGUAACAGUUUUCAUUUAAAUCAAGGAAACUAUCGAACAAUUUUUCCGCAACAUCGAAAUGUGAAUGAACAUAUCCAUUGGCUUGCUAAUGAAAUAUCAUCAUUAAAUCGUCGAAUAAAAUUAGUUAAAGAUCAAGUUUCAUUUAUUGUUCAUAAUCGAGUACAACGUAUAAUCGUUCAACAAGAAAACACAAAUAACAUAAAUAAUAUAUCAUUAUCGAAAAAUAAUGAUACACAAAAAAUUUCAUUAAAUCAACAAAAUAUUUAUAUAAUAAAACUACUUUCAUAUGAAUCACUUUUUAAAGACUAUCUACAAGAUUUAAUUGAUAUAUAUGAAAUAUCAUCAUCAACAACAACAAUUGAAUGUAUUGCUGUUUUUAUUGAACAAAAUUCUAUUGAAAAAUAUCUUUUUAUUAAAUUAUCUAACGGAAAUAUUGAUACAUAUCAGAUGCAUAAAACAAAAUCAUUAAAAGAAACAUAUUGGAAUAUCAAUCAACUUAUAUCAAGAUGGGUUAGUACUGGAAAACGUCUUGAAUAUUAUCGUAGAUUUAUUCAAGAUAAUAAAACAAAUGAAAUUAUGAACACUGAUCAACUUAAGAAAAUAAAAGAUCGUCCACAGUCACAUGAUGUUCGUUUCUUCAAUUCGAUAAAUCCAGUGAUACGUAUGAAGUAUCAUACUGAUCCAUCAAGUCUUUCAUGUAUACUAGAAGAUUUUUUCGACAAUUUAUAUACUUGCAAUGGUCAAUUAAUCUAUCCUCAUGAAUUAUCACUUUUGUCUAAUGAUCAAAAUCAAUUUAUAUUUUAUGCUGUUAUGGUGAAUACAACUGUAGAAAAGCAAAUUUAUCCUCUUGCAACAGAUAAUCAUAUACGACAUGACGAUCAACUAUUUUUUCUUUUUGAUAAUCAUCCACGAAUUAUACCAUUAUCAUUAUGUACAGAUUGUCUUCAUCCUGAACAAACGAAUAUAUUCAAUAAUAAGCAAAAACUGGAUGAAGAAAAAAUUGAUAACAUAAUAGCUAAAUCACAAGAAAACAUAAAUAUUGAACAAUAUCCUUAUCUUACAAAUUCACAAAAUUACUUUGUCUAUAUGAUUGUAAUAAGUAUUUUAAUCUACAUAUCAUUGAGUAUUUGUUUCAGUGAAAAACAGCAAUCAACAGGAUGUUUAGCAAGAAAACAUUCAAUAUCAUCACGUCGUAGACGAUAA